AUGGCUUUAACGGCCGUUAACAGUCCCCGCGAGCGGCCCUCGCGGGGCCCCGGGGGCGCCGCGGGGAUGGAUUUCGUUAUAUUACAUUGCACGCUGCCUCGCUGUGAGGGAUCAGGUGUUAUUUCACUGCAUGGUCAGGGUUACUGGGAUGCUCGCGCCUGUCAAGGACUGGGAGAGGUGGAGAGGAGCUGGUGGGAUGAGAAACACAGCCCUGAAGAAGAUGUUUUUGUCUUUAGUAAACUAACGUAUUCCUGGUUUAGCAGGCUAAUAUCAAUAGGCUAUAAGAAGCCAUUAGAGAGAGAUGACCUGUUUGAACUGAAUGAAAGUGACUCGCCAUACAGUGUGUGUCCUAAGUUUGAAAAGCAAUGGAGGAAGGAAAUGAAAAAAUCAACCACUGGAUUAAAGGCAUCUUGCAUGAAAAGAAUGCUGUUUAGGAAAACAAGUUCCUCUAAACCAUCUUUGGUUUCCCCACUGUGGCAAACAUUUAAAUUUUUGAUGAUUAAAGUUGCCUUUCUGAAAGCUACAGCCGAUAUUCUGGCUUUCAUGGGUCCGCAGAUAAUGAAAGCACUGAUAGCACUGAGUGAAAGUCACCCUGGUUCACACAGGAGGGGUUAUGGCUAUGCUAUUGCCCUUUUUUUUGUCGUUCUAUCUCAAACUCUCAUCCAUCAGUUAUACCAGCGUCACAACAUGCUUACUGCAAUCAAAAUCAAGACUGCAGUUGUUGGCCUGAUAUACAAAAAGGCCUUAACUUUAGCGAGUUCCUCACGUCGCAGCUAUACAACUGGGGAAAUCGUUAACCUGAUGUCUGCGGAUGCUCAGCAGCUCAUGGAGCUGGCUGUGAACCUCAACCUCCUGUGGUCAGCACCUUUUCAGAUCCUCGUGGCUGUCAUCUUUCUCUGGCAAGAACUUGGCCCCUCUGUCCUAGCGGGUGUUGCAGUGCUGCUUCUAGUCAUACCUAUAAAUGCGCUCAUUGCAGCCAAAGUAAAAAGUCUGAAGAAACGCCAAAUGAGGUAUUCAGAUCAACGAGUCAAGCUACUCAGUGAAAUGUUACAUGGAAUAAAGAUUCUCAAACUUUAUGCAUGGGAACCUUCAUAUCAAAGAAAGGUCAUGAGCAUUAGAGAACAUGAAGUAGAUGUUUUGAAGUCAUCUGGGUAUCUGGCGACUUACUCCAUGCUAACAUUGACGUGUAUUCCUUUUAUGGUCUCACUGGCUACAUUUGGAGUCUUCUUUUAUGUGGAUGAAGAGAAUAUUUUAACGGCAUCCAAAGUUUUUACAUCUAUUUCUUUAUUUAACAUCCUGCGACUGCCAUUGUUUGAUUUACCGUCUGUCAUCUCUGCUGUAGCUCAGACCAAAGUUUCUCUGAGGCGUUUAGAGGAUUUUCUGUAUGCCAAGGAUCUUAAUCCUGAAGAUGUCAACACAAACUACAGUGGAAAUCAUGCUGUUGGAUUUAUUGGUGCUUCUUUCCACUGGGAUAAAAGUGGUCCACCAGUCUUAAAAAACCUGAAUGUCAGCAUUCCGGAAGGCUCUUUAGUUGCUGUUGUGGGACAGGUUGGGUCUGGAAAGUCAUCUUUUCUCUCUGCUGUUCUUGGAGAAAUGGAGAAACUGGAAGGAACAGUUCAGAGACGAGGGUCAGUGGCUUAUGUUUCUCAGCAGGCCUGGAUUCAAAAUGCCACUUUGCAAGAAAAUAUUCUCUUUGGCUUAAAUCUAAACAGACCAUACUAUGAGCAGGUUUUAGAGUCUUGUGCUUUACUCCCAGAUUUGGAACAGUUACCAAGUGGAGAUCAAACAGAGAUUGGAGAAAGGGGUGUCAAUAUAAGUGGAGGGCAGAAACAGAGAGUGAGCCUGGCCAGAGCUGUAUACAGCAAUGCUGACUUGUAUCUUCUGGAUGAUCCCCUCUCUGCUGUAGAUGUACAUGUGGGGAAGCACCUUUUUGAUAAGCUAAUUGGGCCAUCAGGUCUCCUGAAAAGCAAGACUCGUGUAUUGGUGACACACAACUUAACCCUUUUGCCUCAAGCUGAUCUUAUAAUAGUAAUGGAAGAAGGCAGGAUAAGUCAAAUGGGGACUUACCAAGAAUUGAUUUCAAAGAGAGGUAACUUUGCUGAGCUUACUCAAGCUUUUGCUACAGAGAAUAGAAGUGAAGAGACAACCUUAGGGAAAGUGAGUUCCAAAAAAGAAGAAUGUCAACUAGGAAAGAAUCUGGCACAAAAAGAACUUUUGAAACAUAAAGAUCCUUCAUUUGGUCAAUGGAGAACAGACUCAAAGAGUAAAGAAAAGGUCGCCACAGGAGGCAUGAAAAUGGCAGUUGUUUUGAAAUACCUACAAGCCUUUGACUGGCGAUGGGUGUGGCUAACCAUAGCUGCUUAUUUAGGUCAGAAUGCACUAGCUAUUGGGCAAAAUCUGUGGCUUAGCACCUGGACUUCAGAAACAGCGAAAGUGAAUGAUUUCACAGAAUGGAAGCAGUUGCGAAAUUAUAAACUUGGUAUCUAUAGUCUUUUGGGCUUCAUACAAGGUCUUCUUGUUUGCUGUGGUGCACAUGUGCUCAUCAGGGGAUCGCUUGCUGCUUCUCGGGCACUGCAUCACCAGAUGCUGGACAGCGUUUUGCACCUUCCUCUUCAGCAUUUUGAAACUAAUCCUGUAGGUCAGAUCAUCAAUAGAUUCACAAAGGACUUAUUUGUAGUGGACAUACGUUUUCAUUACUACCUACGAACUUGGUUAAACUGUACACUGGAUGUUAUUGGAACCAUUCUAGUUAUCACAUCUGCCUCUCCGCUAUUUGUAGUAGUAGUUAUUCCUCUGGGGUACUUCUAUUUUACUAUCCAACGCUACUACAUAGCAAGUUCACGACAGAUUCGACGACUAGCUGGAGCAUCACAUUCUCCUGUGAUCUCCCACUUCAGUGAGACUCUCUUAGGGGGAUCAACAAUUCGAGCAUUUGGCCACCAGGAAAGAUUCAUUAGAAAAAAUAAUGAUGUGGUGUAUGAGAACUUGGUUUACUUUUACAAUAACGUCAUCUCAAACAGGUGGCUAUCUGUCAGGCUUGAAUUUUUAGGCAGUUUAAUGGUGUUCUUUGCCGCAAUGUUUGUUGUGCUGGCUGGAAAUGCAGUGAAUUCUUCUACAGUGGGUUUAUCCAUAUCAUAUGCUCUAAAUAUAAUUCAGAGUCUUAAUUUUUGGGUGCGAAAAGCAUGUGAGAUUGAGACCAAUGCAGUUUCAAUUGAAAGAGUCUGUGAAUAUGCAAACAUGGAUAAAGAGGAACCCUGGAUUAUGUCAAAAAGGCCACCCAUGGGAUGGCCCGACAGAGGCAUUAUAGAAUUUAUUAACUACAAGGCUCAGUAUAGACAAGAUCUUGGUUUAGCCCUGAAUAAUGUCUCUUUCCAAACACGGAGUAAAGAAAAGGUUGGAAUUGUUGGAAGAACAGGAGCUGGCAAAUCAACACUCACAAAUUGCUUAUUUAGAGUUCUAGAAGGAUCUGGAGGCAAAAUAAUUAUAGAUGGAAUUGAUAUAUCCACUAUUGGGCUCCAUGACCUCCGUGGAAAUCUUAACAUUAUUCCCCAGGAUCCCAUCUU